UUUUCAAAAAAAAAAAAAAAAAAAAAACAAAGUUCAUCCUUUUCCCUUCCUCCAAGAAUUUUCCUGGGAAAAUUUUUUCCCACUUGGAGAGCAAUGUACACCACCAAUCUCCCAAACAGCAACGAUGCAAGAAACUCUCCCUUUCCUCUCUCACACUUUCCCUUCCCGUCACCACCACCACAGUCUCCGCCAUGAUUUUCCUUCGCUCUCUCGCCUCCGCUCUCAGAAUUUACCCGCACUUUCCCACGAACCAAACGCCUCCCUCCUUCUCCUCCCUCCUUCGAAAUCUCCGGAUUUUCCCUGCUUACCCACCAAUGCGACGAACUCCACCAUCAAAACCCACACCUCCGAUUUCCGCGAAAAGCUCCUUUACCUCGAUUCAAUCGGGAUCGAUUUCCUAACCCUAAUCCAUCGCCACCCUCCUCUCCUCUCCGCCGACCUCUCCGCCGUGAAAUCCAUCGUCGAAUACAUGACCUCCGGCGUAACCGUCGGCCUCACCUCCCAUGAUCUUUGCCGUGUCGUCGCCAUGUGCCCUGAGCUCCUAACUUCGCCCCUUUCCUCCCACACCAUCCCAAUCAUCACCUUCCUCCUUCGCGAGGUCGGCGUCGACGGCGUCUCCGGCGUCCGGUACGCGCUCUGCCGGCGUCCCCGCCUCCUCGCCUGCGACGUAGACGGCCAGCUGCGGCCGGCGAUGUAUUUCCUCCAGAGGAUCGGAAUCUCGGAAACCCACAAACACACUUACCUCCUGUCUUGCAGCGUGGAGCACAAGCUCAUCCCUCGAAUCGAUUACUUCGUGAGAUUAGGGUUCUCUCGCCGUGAAGCCACCGUCAUGUUCAGGCGGUUUCCUCAGCUCUUCAACUACAGCAUCUCGGGGAAUUACGAUCCGAAAACGAACUACUUGGUGGUGGAAAUGGGGAGAGAUCUGAAAGAGAUCAUGGAGUUUCCUCAGUAUUUCUCCUUCAGUUUGGAGAAUCGGAUCAAGCCUAGGCAUCAAGCCUGUGCGGCGAAAGGGGUAAGAUUACCAUUGCCGAUGAUGCUGAAGACGAAAGAAUCUGGGUUUCGGGAUAGAUUGGAGGUACAUUUGUAAUGAACCUCCGAGAAACUCGAAAAUUUCACCCGAGGAAACGAAUCAAGAAUGUUGAUGUAACUAUGUCUGUCUAUGGAUGGAGAGAGAGCGAGAGACUGAAUGAAUAUCCUCUGCAACUAAGUUCCGAGGUGAAUCAACAAGAUCUUUGCCCAUCUGACUUUAGCUUUUAGCCUCUUGCUGAAUUGAAUUGGAUAAAUGCACAAUUUUUUUUUCAUAUGGCUUUCCGGUUUGAAUGCUUAAUCCAUUUCUUACUCUAAUUA